AUGGCAUUCUCAACCCAGCCUCAAAUCAAUUGGAACACCAAGGUCCAACCACUGGUGCGCCCUGUUAUCCCAGAAAUCCCAGUCUCAGUCCCAGAAAAGACCCUCACGGCCAAGGUUCAGGAUGCCUCUCGUCACCCAUGGGGUGUGAUCGACUACCACCUGUACCUUGCAUUCAUUGAACGAGGCCGUGAUGAUUUGAAGCGCCAGAGCGAAUUCAUGCUGUUGGAGGCCAACGGGUUGCGCCAGGUUCACGUCGAUGACCUCCUCGACGUAAACACAUUUGCACACUCUCCUACCGAGACCCAUAUAAUCACUUUCCUUAACUUACCCAUGCUACCUUUGUCUAUGUCAAUGCAACUCACCGAACAAAAGCUUGUACUGGGCUUUGACCUUCAACGCCAACAUCUCCUGGGAUACUUCUUUGAGUCAGCUCCAGAUAAUCUCGCUGAUGUUUACUCUAUCUGGCACGAAGGUGAGGUUGUCAUUGACAUCCAUAUUGACCGAUUCCUGGAAAUGUACGAGUAUACUGUGAAGGAAGCAUUGGAGAUUCUCGGUGUUGGUAUGUUCCGCCACUUUCGCGAGAGCAAGCGCGAGCUCCCCGCUGGUAUGGACCUUGUGGUGACUAUCCAGUUUGCUCAGUUCCUGCGUGAUUUCGCCGGCCUCCUAUGGGAAGACCGUAGUAACGAUUUCCGAAAGGUAUAUUUUGAACAUGAAGAUCACCUUCGAACUCUCAUGUCGCGAGCCUCGUGGGAAUCUUGGUUUGCGGUGCGAAAUGGACUAACCAUUGAACAGUAUCGACAGAAGAUGAUGGGGAAGAUGUAG